UUUCACGACCAACUCACGAUUCAUUCCUCAUCUAACAAUGGAACAGGCAACAUCUUGGUACUUCUUUGGAAUGGGUUGUAUUCUUAUUAGCUACAUCCUACCCCAAUGUCACUCGACGUCUUUCGCGAUAAUGGCCAACAUAAUCGAGCUCCAUCGUUCUGAAUUUCACGUCGGGGAAUGUUCCACUGUCAUCCAUGAUCACAACUUCGACUACCAAAUGUCCAACAUAAUCAUGCCAAUUGUGGUCCUCUCUCCUUCAAUGGAUCAAAGGGUGGUUGGCAGUUCCAUUCAGGCAUGCUCCGUCUUGAUUUUGCACAUCCAUAACCCAGUGAACUUCGCCAAGAAAUUCAAGCACUACAUAAAAGUCGACAAAAUGAUGUUAAUCGCGGUGACCGACAUCUCUCAAGCUUCGGACAUGACUUUUCGAACGUUUCUGAGGGCGAUUUUUAUUGACGCUGGUGGCCAAGAAAUGUGGCGUCGAUCCAGCAUCUUUACCAAUGAGCUGAUCUCUUGGAACGCCGCUAAUUCAAUUGAGCCAGUGGAACUAAUCAAGUUCGACGGAGUCUCGAUAAAGAGCGUGGCUUUUCACAAUCCUCCAUUUUCGAGGCUCAACUUCAAGACAGGUGAACAUGGUGGAUACGAGUAUCGAAUCGCCAAAGGAUUAGUGGAUGCGAUUGGACUGAAGCUCACCAUUUUCACGCCCACCGAUGGCGAAAGGUGGGGGUUCGAGGUUCCGCCCAAGAGCGGAAAUUUUUCCGGUUUGUUGGGCGAAAUCAUGGGAGGGAAUGCAGAUAUGGCUUGGGCAAAUCUGUUCACUGAAGUCUAUCGUAUGAGUUUCAUGGACUUUACCGACUGGUAUAACAUGGAUGAAGUCUGCUUCUUGGUGCCCAGAUCCCGGUCCUAUUCCAAAAUCUUCGCACUCAUAAUGCCGAUGGACUAUUUCACAUGGUUUGGGUUUCUUGGGUCUGUGGUGGCUUUCUUUUUGGUCUUUGCCACAUUCUACUAUCAAGAGGUUGGCGGCUGGAAACGAGAAGCGGAGAACGUGAUGCCCUUCGUCACUGCGAUUGCUUUGAACCAGUCGAGUCCUUGGACGUUCAAGUUACGCACUCAAGGUCUGAAAUGUUUGACGGCAGUCUUCUUGAUCACCAUGUUUGUACUAUUAAGCGGAUAUUCGGCUGCCCUAAAAACAUUUCUGACCAUCAACAUUUAUCCAACUCCGGUGAAUACCUAUGACGACUUGGAUACCUUGGUCCAAACGCAGAACCUCAAAGUGAGCGUCUGUUGCUCUUCCAUCAUUGACGCUCUCCGAAUUACGACGGUGGAAUCCCUUCAAAGGGUGGCCGAUCGACUGGUGCAACCAGUUCGAGGGAGUCUGAAUCCGUUUUUGAAUGUUUCUUUAGGGACUCAUAUCAUUCCACAAGGUCGAAAUAAACUGGAGAUCGCUAUCCGUCAACAAUUGACAAACAAAUUGGGACAAACCAAUGUGCAUAUUAUGGAUGAAUGCUUCUUGUCCUUACCCAUCGCUUUUGGAUUGAAGAAAGAUAGCCCAUUGAAACCCAUGUUUGAUUACAAGCUCCGGCAAUUACGUGAAGCUGGGCUUGUCGAAAAAUGGAUCGCAGAUGAAAUUAGUUCGUUUGGGAAGUUUGAAAAGAGCUUUGGGACAAGAGCUCGUGAAGCCGAAGCUCUGACACUUUAUGAUCUACAAGGAGCCUUUAUCGUAUUUCUGGCCGCUUUGGGAUUCGCUAUCGUGGCUUUGGUGCUCGAGUGGAUUUGGAAACUUAUUGAUUUUCAUUGCACGCUCAGAACUCAAGGAAAUUCCCUUAAACCGACUGAACAAACUCCUACUUAAUUGUAAAAAAAACAUCUCUUGAGCAUAUGAGAGGCGAUAAUUAGACAUA